AUGGGGGCGGCAGGGGGGCACCAAGGCCGCAAGCACAUCCAGGAGCUGGAGAACCUGCUGCUGGACACCCCCUUUGAGGGCAGCAACCUGACCGCGCAGACCUCGUGGCCCCUCAUCCAGUCCCUGGCCUUCAAGCUGAACUGCGCCUUCCCUGGCCUGAUGCUGAGCAGCGGCGCGCUGGGGCCACUCCCUGAGGUCAGGAGGCUGAGGGCCCGGCCGCCCCACUCCAUGCAGUUCCCAGCCGAGCUGACCCAGGAAGCUUGCCAGGCCCCCAUCAGGGAGCUACGCCUCAUCUGCAUCUACUUCUACACCUCCUUCUUCUUUAAGGAUGACCCCAACACAGUCCUGCUCAACGACUACGUCCUUGGGGCCCAGCUGGGCCACUACCACGUGAGCAACCUCCGCAAGCCAAUCAACAUCAGCUUCUGGCACAACCGGAGCCUGGAAAACUACACACUGACUUGCGUCUUCUGGAAGGAGGGGGCUGGCAGGGACGGCUGGAGCUCCGAGGGCUGCCGCACAGAACAGGCCUCCCCUGGGCAGGUGCAAUGCCAUUGCAACCACCUGAGCUACUUCGCUGUUCUCAUGCAGCUCUCCUCGGCCCGGCUCACUGCGGAGCAGCUGGCGUCCCUGACGCACAUCUCCCUUGUGGGCUGCAGCGUCUCCAUUGUGGCCUCGCUGCUCACCAUCCUGCUCCACGUCCACACCAGGAAGCAGAGCGACUCCAUGACACGCAUCCACGUGAACCUGCAUGGCUCUGUGCUGCUCCUGAAUGCCACCUUCCUGCUGAGCCCCGUGCUGGCCGCACCCUCGGCGCCCGAGUCUGCCUGCACGGGGCUGGCUGCCAUCCUGCACUAUGCAUUGCUGAGCUGCCUCACCUGGAUGGCCAUCGAAGGCUUCAACCUCUACCUCCUCCUCUUACGUGUCUACAACAUCUACAUCCGCCGGUACUUGCUGAAGCUCUGUGCAGUUGGCUGGGGGGUCCCAGCUGUGCUGGUGCUGCUGGUCCUCGUGGUCAAGAGCUCCGUGUAUGGACGUCACGUGAUCCCUCUCUCCACCAGCCAGGACAACAGCACCGGCUUCCAGAAUAUCUCCAUAUGCUGGGUGCGGAGCGCUAAGGUGCACGGUGUCCUGGUCAUGGGCUACUGCGGCCUCACGUCUCUCUUCAACCUGGUGGUGCUGGCCUGUGCGCUGCGGGCCCUGCGCAGGCUGCGGGCCCGGGAGAAGGCGCCUGGCAGGCGGGCCUGCAGGGACGCCAUCACGGUGCUGGGCCUCACCGUGCUGCUGGGCACCACGUGGGCCCUGGCCUUCUUCUCCUUCGGAGUCUUCCUCCUGCCGCAGCUCUUCCUCUUCACCAUCCUGAACUCCUUCUACGGCUUCUUCCUCUUCCUGUGGUUCUGCUGGCAGAGGUGCCACGGCGGCGAGCAGGCUGAGGAGGGGCCAGAGACAGAGGCCUCGAGUUCCUCCCAGAUGAUGCACUAG